UCUCCAGCUGAAUCGCGGCCAUGGAUUCAGCCACGGCGGCGUCGGUGUACGGCAUGAGAUUCCCCGUCACCGCGCGCUCGCGGGAUGACCCGCGGCUCCUGGGAUGGAGGAUGGUUGAUGGCAAAAGCCAGGCGCUGCAGCAGCGACACCUGGCCGAACUGGAGGCGGAGGGCAGGAAGAUGAAGGAUCAACCGAAGGACACGCCGGGAUCGGGGAUGCUGGCGGCCAUUGCGCACUUUGAUGCGUUGCAAGCAGCAAAGAAGCCUGCGGUAAUCAAGGCGGAGGAUGACAUCGCGCAAUUUGUGCAGGACAGGGGCAGGGUCAGGCCUUUCUCUCCGCGAUCGGCUGCUGCGGCAGGCAGCAGCCGGAAAG